CCGGGCCCAGGACGCGUGCGGUGCGGUGCGGUGCGGAGCGGAGCGAACCAGGCGAGGCGACCAGCUGGCGGGCGAGGGGUGACGGAGCACGUGGUCGCGCAGGCAGAGAGCAGAGCGGCGCGGACGGCUGGGACGCGGAGGCGCGGACGGAGACGCGAGGAGGCGCAGAGCCGCAGGAGCGCCGCGUGCGCGUGCGCGAGAGCGAGAGCGAGUGCCGGGAGGUGCGAGGCCAUGCAGGCCGGCGUGCUGCCUGCGCGCGAGGCGCCGGGGCCGUGGGCGUGGCGAGUGCCGCCCACCUACUGCGACGGAGCGUACCUUCCCGCAGAUCCUCGCAGCUGGACAAGAGAGGACGUUGCAACUUGGCUCAGGCAUAUGGCGUCAGCCCAUCGACUACCGCAUGUCCCUGCUGAACGAUUCCUCAUGAACGGGAAAGCCCUAUGCCUCAUGUCCAUGGACAUGUUCCUAGGUCGCGUGCCUCUGGGAGGAAAACUACUCUACAAAGACUUUCAGCUUAGACUCGGCCGUGCCAUGUACAGCUCCGGUGCCAGUGUCGCGGACAGCUAGCAACGCCGGCGGAGGUGAUAAUGGCGUGCGAUUCUCCAAAAUGGAAGCCAUGAUCUGCUAGUCAGCGAAGAAGCGACACAUUUCUGAACAAGAGAAAAGACAAAUCCUUUUGAAGAAAUUGUCGCUGGUUCAUGUAGUUCACCUAAUAAAGUUGUAUGAAUCAUAAGUACUAUGAUUCAUGACUCGACUUGUAAAUGUGAGAUAAGAUUUACAUCUCAGUAGUUUUGAUAUACGGCACCUUGUGAUUGCUCUGUACAAAGAAUGCGAAUUUAACACUUACAAAUUUCACGAUUACAAAAAAUUAUUUAAAUUUAGUUUUUAAUUUAUUAAAACGUUCGAAGAACAUUCAAAAUUUACUUUUUAAUUUAUUUAAACGUUUGCAGAAAUUACUUAUAAAGUGUGAAAACGUUCGACUUGUCGGAAGUGUUAAAUAAUUUGACUUUCUUUCUAAAUUUCUGAUGUACUUGUCUAAAGUUACAUCACACCUGAAACCCUGUUUUGAAAAUUCCAACUUUUAGAUUUAAGUUAAUUUUGUAUGCCACAACAUUAAUUUCGAAAACUUGGCUACAGUCAAAUAAGAAAUAUUUCAAAAGUACGCAUAUUAUUGAUGAUUUAUUUGAAAACAAAGAAUGUGAUGAUAUUAUUGUUCUCUAAGACUUUAUAUAUUCAAUUCAAAUAUAAUAAAAAUAUUGUUAGUACAUAUCUGUAACACAAUGAACUUGAUUAUAUCAACGCCACAGAUCUACGUGACAUUGAUUUUAUUGAAUUUAUUUAUCUCUUUUCCUAAUGUAUUCACUAAUAUCUUCCUAGACACUUUUUCAGUUUAAAUUUAUUUCUGAUUAAUUCAAAUAACAAAACCAAUCUAUACAGAUAUACAUAUUUUUUUGUAAAUGAAUGUAUUCAUGUGUACAAAUAUAUCUUAAA